CAAUCACCUUCCCUCCUUCGCCACAAUAUUCUUCUAUCAUCACCCAAAGGCUAGAUAGCUACAAUGCUCCGCGUCAUCCCCUAUCCACCACCUCCCCGCCCGAUGAUCAACGGCGAUAAAAUGAGCGGUCGCCAUCUCCACCAGCAACCGCGCAUGACCUCUAGUGUUUCCGCGUCUACCCCCGAGCAGGUUGUCGCUCCCGCAACCGUGUCGCGUGUCUACCGGGUCGCCACAAAUCUUUUCCUGACACGACGGGUACCGGAUGCCUUGAUGGUUCUGCAGCCUAUCAUUGCUGACUCGGUUUCCCCGAGAGUUAGGUGUUCUCGUACUCUCAGAAUCAAAGUAUGGAGUUUGUAUUUUGCCAUUCUGGACGCCACAGCCAAAAUGGGCCCAGAGGAAGGGAAGAAGGUUUGGGGUGCCCAAGAAUGGAGGAGGAUUGUUUCUAGAGUUAGGAGUGGCGCCGUAUGGAAUGAAGCGAUCCAAAUUUACGGCGAGGAAGGGAGAAUCGACGGGGAUGUUGUGAACACACUCGUCAUGUUGCUGCUAGCACAUUCACAAGAUCAAACCGUCACUCAGAAGAAGAUUGAAGCGUAUCUAUCGGCCGCGCCUAGCCUGCUUGGGUCCGAGGAUGAUCCGAAAGCGGUAUCGCAACGAGUCAAGCUUAUGGAACUUUACAUCCUGCAUGUUCUUCCCCGAGUAGGUGACUGGGAAUAUGCUAGAGAGUUCACUCAAAUGAGUCCUGAUCUGGAUGAAGAGCAGAAAGAGGCUUUUCAAGCGACUCUCGAUGCGCUUCAGAAAGACAAGGAAGAGACCGAACGUUAUAGUCAGGAAUUGGAGGCGCGAAAGGAAGCCGAGUGGGAAAAAGAAGAGCAGGCCGAGCGGGAGCGCCAGAAACGGGAGCUUUCCCCAUCAAUAAGCACCCGCCCAACGCCCCGAAGGCAAAGUGUCCAAGGUCGAGCAAAAAGGAGCAAAGCCGGGAGUGUUCGGGGCGAUAGCCCCACAGAAGAAAAGAUGAUGAGGAAGCAGGCAAGGACAAGAAGCGAGGAUACCAGGGGGGCCAUCAGUGCACGGGGCGGCUCCACGAACAAGAAUACCACAUCCUUAUUCUCCACUACCACCGCGCUCCUAAACAGAUUACAGUCACAAGUGCACACGGCCCGCGGCAGGUUCAUGCUCCUGCGAACGGUCAUCAUGUUGGCGAUGGUAGUCUGGAUGACGAGCAAGCGUCGAGUCCGGGAGAAAGUUCGGAGAUUGUUGAUGCUAGCUUGGAUUAAGACCACGCGUACUGUGGGAAUGGGGAUGAAGGUCACCUAUAUUUGA